CUCCCAGAAGGCAGCGCGGCCGAAGCUGCGGGCGCUUCAUUUCCAGAGUAGACCCUGGAUUCGGGCGCGAGGGGGUUUCCUCUGUGGGAACCGCAGUUGGCGCGGCUGGCUCUGCUCAUUUUUGUCUCCUGCGCCGGGCAGCCAUGAAGGACUCGCUGGUGCUGCUUAGCCGUAUCCUGGCGCACCCGGACUCCCGCUGCUGGUUCCUGGCCUGGAACCCCGCGGGAACCUUGCUGGCCUCGUGCGGCGGCGACCGCAGCGUCCGCAUCUGGGGCAGGGAGGGUGACAGCUGGAACUGCAAAUCUGUCCUUUGUGAAGGCCACCAGCGCACCGUGAGGAAGGUGGCCUGGUCUCCGUGCGGAAAUUACCUGGCCUCAGCCAGCUUUGAUGCCACCACUUGCAUUUGGAAGAAGAACGAGGAUGACUUUGAGUGUGUCACUACUCUGGAGGGCCAUGAAAACGAGGUCAAGUCAGUGGCCUGGGCUCCAUCUGGCAACCUCCUUGCCACCUGCAGCCGAGACAAGAGUGUGUGGGUCUGGGAAGUUGAUGAAGAGGACGAGUAUGAAUGUGUCAGCGUCCUCAACUCCCACACACAGGAUGUCAAGCAUGUGGUUUGGCACCCGAGCCAGGAGCUGCUGGCCUCCGCCAGCUACGACGACACAGUGAAGCUCUACCGAGAGGAAGAGGAUGACUGGGUGUGCUGCGCCACCCUCGAAGGCCACGAGUCCACCGUGUGGAGCUUGGCCUUUGACCCCAGUGGCCAGCGCCUGGCGUCUUGCAGUGAUGACCGCACCGUGCGCGUCUGGCGCCAGUAUCUCCCAGGCAAUGAGCAAGGGGUGGCAUGCAGCGGCUCUGAGGCCAGCUGGAAGUGUGUCUGCACCUUGUCAGGCUUCCACUCCAGGACCAUUUAUGACGUCGCUUGGUGUCAGCUGAUAGGGGCCCUGGCUACUGCCUGUGGGGAUGAUGCCAUCCGAGUAUUUGAGGAGGAUCCCGGCUCAGACCCGCAGCAGCCCACCUUCUCCCUGACAGCCCACGUGCCUCAGGCCCACUCCCAGGAUGUCAACUGCGUGGCCUGGAACCCCAAGGAGCGGGGGCUUCUGGCCUCCUGCAGUGACGACGGAGAGUUGGCCUUCUGGAAGUAUCAGCCGUCUGAAGGCAUCUGAGCCACUUUGGCUUUGGACAGAAUCGUGCUUCCCCAGAAAAUGUCCUCAGACUUCCCCAGCCCCUGAGAGGACCAAGAGGAGCAUUCUUGACCUUCCUUUAUUUGGCCCUCCUGCAGUCAGACUUGGGGAGAGGUGCAGGGCCACAGGACCACUCACCCUUCCCCCUCCUUUGACACGGAGCCCCUGGUAAAGAGCUGCAGAACAUCUGUGCAUUGUACUUAAGCCAGAUUUUGCUUUAGGGCAGUGUUCAAUUUGAGAGCAGAGGUUUAAGUAUACUAUUUAUAAUAAUCAUAUUUUUAUGUAGGAGGGAUGUAGCUCAGCCCUCUCUGAGACUAUAAGCUUUAUACAAAUAAUCCGAGUCUCAAGUCCUAUUUUAUGUUAUAGGGGCAUUCACAAAUUUAAAAGAAUUUCUUGGUGAGUCCUUCUUUGAAGUAGGUCCUGUCUUCCCAUUUUCUGGGUAAAUCCUUGCAUUUAAGACAGGCAGUCAGUACUGAAAUUAAUUCCUUAAUGUAGGUUUGUUAGAAUAAGAGACCCCUUUGCUUUUUCUUAGAAAAGCUUACAACCUCCUGUGCUAGGGGCUGUGAUGACAGCGGGGAGUGCUGAGAAGUACGUGGGGAGAAUGUGAACCCUAGCAGGGAGUUACUGUUGGCCACAGGUCAUACAUUCUUAGUCGGGGUGGAAACUGCGUAUUGGGUGAGGGGCAAAAAAAUCCUAAAGGGACAACAUGUGCCCUCUAAAGGACCACAGUACAUAAAUAUACUGUGAUCUCUUAGAUUUCCACAGUGGAGGUGAGUGGUGGAAAGAAGCCCCUUGCAAAGAGGUGGAGAAACACUGGCAAAGGCAGGAAGCGCUGGGUCUCAGGUUGUCCUCGGACAGGCACAGCCAAGGGGGUUUUGACUUGAGGACCCUCCUCAAGGCCAUGGCCUUCAGUUCAGUUCUGUACCGCAGAAAUCAUGACCUUAGAUUUUGAAGACAGCUGGGGCAGUACCUAGAGCCGUGAUUCUCAAGAUGUGCCUGCCAGUCAUUGGAAAUCCCUAGAGUGCUUCAGGGCCGGUAGAGGUCAGCACCUCCGAAACAAGGGAGUGGCACCGGAUACUGCAAUUGGGUCUCCAUGCUUUGCCCUCAGUGGAAAUACUGCCUGCCAACUCCACUGAGAAAUAUCCUCAAUAGAAUCAAUACAAAUAAGUUGUAUUAGAGCUCCACCCUUGGGCAUACUGAAUUCUGUCGGAAGCAGGCAUGCAGCAGUCCUGCUGCACCCGGAGACGAGGCUGUCCUGAGGGAAAGGAGUUGUGCAUGCAUGCUCCAUCAGCUGUGCCCAUGGCAUAACCGGUUCUACUUGGAAGAAGUAGCAAACCAUAGUGUUUAGACUUGGCUAUUUGGGAGACAUUUUCUGGGAAAUGAAUGGAAUGAGCCUGUCACUUCAAGGGAAACUGAUCGUGUUGCCGAUGAUAAAACAAGCUUUCCAGCAAAAAUUCAAA